GGGCACGAGGCGCUCCCUGGGAUCACAUGGUACCUGCUCCAGUGCCGCGUGCGGCCCGGGAACCCUGGGCUGUUGGCGCCUGCGCAGAUCCCUCUGUCCCAGGGAAAGAGGCUCGGGCAAAAGGCGGCUGAGAUUGGCAGAGUGAAAUAUUGCUGCUGAGGGAACGUAGCAGGGCACACGUCUCGCCUCUGCGCCUGGGUGCCCUUUUUCUUCUCAUCACCUACUUACUUCCUGGCUGCAAUCUCUCUCCCUCUGGGACUUUUGCACCGGCAGCUCUACAUUCGCUACCCUGCAGCGCUGCGGAGCCUUCCGGCAGUGGCACUCAGUGCGCUGCAGAGAGCCAACCCUCCCUGCUGCUACCUUCUAGUGAGAACUACUGCAGGCUGAUUCCCCCCAACUCUGUCUCUUUGCUCUUCCCAUGCAAAGCAGACCUACGUUGCCUCAGCGUCCUCCCCUUCUGCAGGGCUGCAGUCCGGUCACCCUAAGACCUUGCAGCAGGGUGCUCCAGAUCCUGAUCAUAAGCAGCGGGGUCCUUUUCCCGCUCUCACUCAGUACCCAGGGGGUGACAGCGGCAAUUGAAACCUCCAGUUUGCAUCAAGGUCCAGUUUGAAUGACCGCCCUCAUUUGGUGAAGACAUGACGACCCUGGACUCCAACAACAACACAGGUGGUGUAAUCACCUAUAUUGGUUCCAGUGGCUCCUCCCCGAGCCGCACCAGCCCGGAGUCUCUCUACAGUGACAGCUCCAAUGGCAGCUUCCAGUCCUUGACCCAAGGCUGUCCCUCCUACUUCCCACCAUCACCCACUGGCUCCCUCACCCAGGACCCAGCUCGCUCCUUUGGGAAUGUUCCACCUAGUCUGAAUGAUGACUCCCCUUCUUCCUCCUCCUCCUCCUUCUAUAAUGGGAGCCCACCAGGGAGUCUACAAGUGGCCAUGGAGGACAGCAGCCGAGUGUCCCCCACCAAGAGCAACAGUAACAUCACCAAACUGAAUGGCAUGGUGUUACUGUGUAAGGUGUGUGGGGACGUUGCGUCCGGCUUCCACUACGGUGUGCAUGCCUGCGAGGGUUGCAAGGGUUUUUUCCGUCGAAGCAUCCAGCAGAACAUCCAGUACAAAAAGUGCCUGAAAAACGAGAACUGCUCCAUCGUCCGCAUCAAUCGCAACCGCUGCCAGCAGUGUCGGUUCAAGAAGUGUCUCUCCGUGGGCAUGUCUCGAGAUGCUGUGCGUUUUGGGCGCAUCCCUAAACGGGAGAAGCAGCGGAUGUUGGCUGAGAUGCAGAGUGCCAUGAACCUGGCCAACAACCAGUUGAGCAGCCAGUGCCCUCUGGAGAACUCACCCACCCAGCAUCCCUCUCCAGGCCCCAUGGGUCCCUCACCACCUCCAGCUCCAGCCCCCUCACCCUUAGUGGGCUUCUCCCAGUUCCCACAACAGCUGACACCUCCCCGAUCCCCAAGCCCUGAGCCUACAGUGGAGGAUGUAAUAUCCCAGGUGGCCCGCGCCCACCGAGAGAUCUUCACCUAUGCCCAUGACAAGCUGGGCACAACACCUGGAAACUUCAAUGCCAACCAUGCAUCCAGCAGCCCUCCGGCCACGACCCCACAUCGCUGGGACAGCCAAGGCUGCCCACCUGCCCCCAAUGACAACAAUGCUAUGGCUGCUCAUCGCCAUAACGAAGCCCUGAAUGGUCUACGCCAGGCCUCCUCUUCCUACCCACCCACGUGGGCUCCUGGCCCUGCCCACCACAGCUGCCACCAGCCUAACAACAAUGGGCACCGUCUUUGUCCCACCCACGUGUAUCCAACUCCAGAGGGAGAGGCACCUGCCAACAGUCCUCGGCAGGGAAACUCCAAGAACAUUCUGCUGGCCUGCCCCAUGAACAUGUACCCACACGGACGCAGUGGGCGAACUGUGCAGGAGAUCUGGGAGGACUUCUCCAUGAGCUUCACGCCUGCCGUGCGGGAGGUGGUGGAGUUUGCCAAGCACAUCCCUGGCUUCUGUGACCUUUCUCAGCAUGACCAGGUCACCCUGCUUAAGGCUGGCACCUUUGAGGUGCUGAUGGUGCGUUUUGCAUCACUGUUCAACGUGAAGGACCAGACAGUGAUGUUCCUGAGCCGUACUACCUACAGCCUGCAGGAGCUCGGCGCCAUGGGCAUGGGAGACCUGCUCAAUGCCAUGUUUGACUUUAGCGAAAAGCUCAACUCCCUGGCGCUUACCGAGGAGGAGCUGGGCCUCUUCACCGCAGUAGUGCUUGUCUCUGCAGACCGCUCGGGAAUGGAGAAUUCCGCUUCUGUGGAGCAGCUCCAGGAGACGCUGCUGCGGGCUCUUCGGGCUCUGGUGCUGAAGAACCGGCCCUUGGAGACUUCCCGCUUCACCAAGCUGCUGCUCAAGCUGCCGGACCUGCGGACCCUGAACAACAUGCAUUCCGAGAAGCUGCUGUCCUUCCGGGUGGACGCCCAGUGACCCGCCCGGCCGGCCUUCUGCCGCUGCCCCCUUGUACAGAAUCGAACUCUGCACUUCUCUCUCCUUUACGAGACGAAAAGGAAAAGCAAACCAGAAUCUUAUUUAUAUUGUUAUAAAAUAUUCCAAGAUGAGCCUCUGGCCCCCUGAGCCUUCUUGUAAAUACCUGCCUCCCCCCACUGAGCUCCGCCCCCAGCUUCCCCUCCUCCCCUAUUUAAACUUCUCUCUCUCCCCCCACCCCCAGCCCUCUAUUCCAACCCCCUGACUUGUUCUGUUCCUGUCUCAAAUCCAAUAGUUCACAGCUGAGCUGUCUUC